UCCAAGCGAAGAACAAGAAAACGUGAAGGCUACGGAGAAAGAGGGAGACGAACGAGAUCGCCAUACAGACGAGUAAUUGUUAAGAUGGGAGACAGUGAUGAUGACCAUGAUCGCAGGAGAAGGGACAAAUUCAGACGGGAGAGAAGUGACUAUGACCGUUCAAGAGAGAGAGAGGACCGGCGCAGAGAUGACUGGAAUGACAGGGAGUGGGAUAGAGGCAGGGAGCGGCGAAGUCGUGGAGAGUACAGGGAUUAUGAUAGAGGUCGAAGGGAGAGAUUUACCCCACCCAGACACGACAUGAGUCCCCAGCAGAAACGCAUGAGAAGAGACUGGGAUGACCAUGGUGGAGACCCCUACCGUGGUGGGUAUGACUUGGGUUAUGGUGGUGGAGGAGGGCCCAGCUAUGGACCACCACAACAUUGGGGCCAUCCGGACAUGCACCUCAUGCAGCCUCAUCAAGGCAUCCCCAUUCAGGCCAGGCUUGGUAACAUCCACGACUUGGACUUAGGUCCUCCUCCUCCAAUAAUGAAGAGCUUUAAGGAGUUUCUGCUGUCCUUAGAUGAUUCUGUGGAUGAGACUGAGGCCGUCAAACGCUACAAUGAGUACAAGAUCGACUUCCGGCGACAGCAGAUGCAGGACUUCUUUUUGGCUCAUAAAGAUGAAGAGUGGUUCCGAUCCAAGUACCACCCUGACGAGGCCAGACGACUUAAGGCAGAGGCCCAGAGGGCUCUGCACAACCGUCUGAAUGUGUUCAUUUUCCUAAUGGAGAAUGGCUGGUUUGAUAAUGUCUCCCUGGACAUUGAACAGACCCCAGCCAUCAUCAAAGUUCUGGAUGCAGCUGUGAUAAAAAUGGAAGGGGGGACAGACCAUGAUCUUCGCAUCUUGGAUCUGCCAUCUGAAGAGGAAGAAGACAGAGAGAAGUCAGCAUCUAUUUCCAGGGGCACUGAAGUUCCCAAGAGAGAAGACCUCAAAGCUUUGGGUAGUGACUGCAAACCAGUGGAGAAAGACAGAAAUGAGAAGGAGGGUAGUGACUCAGCCAGCGCAGAGAAAGCUGCCACAGCAGAAGGAGAGAAUGUGAAAGAGGAGGCAGAGAAAGAACCAGCAAAAGAAAUUCCUGAACCUAAGAAACCAAGAAGAAAGAGGAAGCGCAGCGGGGACAGCGAUGAUGAAGCCAGCGCCUCAGAGAGUGACUCGGACUCAGAUUCAGACUCCAACUCUAACUGCUCUGACAAACCAGUGAAAAAGGAAGAGGAAGACAAGGAUGAGGAAGAGGAAGGUGAAGAGGAGAAACCUAAGGAGAACUCCGAGGAGGACAAGAAGGAAGAGAAAAAGCCCAAAGAUGACUCUCCUAGACCACGGCCUCUCCACAGGACUUGCUCUCUGUUCAUGAGAAGCAUCGCUCCCACCAUCUCCAAGGCUGAGAUUAUUGCUCUGUGUCGACGUUACCCUGGGUUUCUGCGUGUUUGCUUGUCUGAUCCCCAUCCAGAGCGCAGGUUUUUCAGACGUUGCUGGGUGACUUUUGACCGUAGCGUCAACAUCAAAGAGGUCUGUUGGAACCUUCAGAACAUUCGGCUGCGAGACUGUGAACUGGCACCGGGGGUGAACAGGGACCUGGCUCGGAGGGUGCGUAAUGUUAAUGGCAUUACUCAGCACAAGCAGAUUCUCCGCAAUGACAUCAAGCUGGCUGCCAAGCUCAUUCAUGCCUUGGAUGAGAAAGGGGAACUUUGGAGCAACAAGUCCCAGGAAGAAGCACAGAGCAGUGAGUUGCCAGCGCAGAACCCCAUCCUGAAGAAUAUUACCGAUUACCUGAUAGAGGAGGUGAGUGCUGAGGAGGAGGAGCUUCUGGGCUCCGGGAGUGGAAUGGAUUCUGAGGAGGGCAUCAAGGAAGGAAACCCUUCAGAGAUGACUGUUGAGAGGGAUGACAAACUUGUCAAGGUUUUGGAUCGUUUGGUCUUGUACCUCCGUGUUGUGCACUCAGUUGACUACUACAACACCUGUGAAUACCCCAGUGAGGAUGAAAUGCCCAACCGAUGCGGCAUGAUUCAUGUACGUGGUCCCAUUCCUCCCAACCGCAUCACACACGGAGAAGUGCAACAGUGGGAGAAAAUGAUGGAGGAGAAGUUGGCCCCCUUGUUUAGUUUAAAAGAAGUCUUGUCUGAAGAAGAGGGGGUGAAGAUGGGCCGCAAGGACCCUGAAGAAGAAGUGGAGAAGUUUGUGUCUGCCAACACACAAGAACUGGGAAAAGAUAAAUGGCUCUGCCCUCUAAGUGGAAAGAAAUUUAAGGGUCCAGAGUUUGUACGGAAGCACAUCCUGAACAAACAUGGGGAUAAAAUUGAAGAAGUGAAAAAGGAGGUUAGUUUCUUCAACAAUUUCCUCAUGGAUGCCAAGAGGCCAUCACUGCCAGAGAUGAAACUUCCUCCUCUUCCAGGCCCAAGCCAAGGUUUGCUCAGUCCCAGUAUGCCGUUUCCUCCCCAAGGUCCUCAGGGUCCAAUGGGCUUUGCACAGCCUCGUCCUCCUCUGAUGGGCUACGGUGCUGGUGGGCCUCCUUAUCCACCCAACCAAUAUGGUGGAGGCAGAGGCAACUAUGACAACUUCCGCGGACAAGCUGACUACCUGGGUAAGCCGCGCAACAUCAGGUGAGACCGCUAAUGUCACGAGGUGACCCACGCAACAUCAUUGAGUACCGCGACCUGGAUGCACCAGAUGAUAUGGACUUCUUUUAGAAGGUUCACAUCUUUUGCUCUUUACCAGUGUUGUGUUCUCCCUGCUUUUUGGAGUAAUGAGAUUAUUUCUUUUCUUAAAAGGCUUGUUUUGUAAUUAUUGUGCAACCAGAACUGCUGUAAACAGAUUCAUUAAUAAAGUUGUGAUCAAAUUACAGUAA